AUUGUAAUAUCAAUAACGAUCAUUGUAAAACAGUUGCAUAUAAUAUGUUAUAUACAUAGAUAUACAGUACCUAAGAAAUUUUAUCGCACAUUUAUUAUAUAGCGAAAGGUACAGUCCCACCGAACACGUUUUUGGAUGGGAGAAAUUGAUUAAUUUGAAAGUGGAGCUAAACAGUGAGAUUGUAUAUCUGUAAUGCCGCAAAACUUAAACGUGCUCUAUGAAGUAAUCUCAUAUUUAAUCAUAUAUUAUUGAUAAAUUUGCGAUAUCGCAAAAUGCAAUUGGUGGGGACGGAUAUUUACUAUGCAGGUAUCUUACCGCGCACACAUGUAUGCCACAUGUAGAUUUUUAUUUGAGGUUUAAAUAGUUUGACAGUGGUUCCCAAAAUAUUUUUUACCACAGCAAAUUAUUGUUAGCUAUUAUAAAUUGCGUGGCACACAUAAGAUAAAUUGUCUAUAUAUUAUGUCAAAAGUAAAGUACUUAGGACUUUAAAAAAAAAGUGUCAUCAAAUUUGCACGACACACCUUUAAAAUUUUCUGACCCACCCUUUGGGAAACACUGUAUUAUAAUUAUUAUUACUAUUAUGGUAGGUAUUAAACCAUUUAUAUAAUAACUUAGGUAUAGAUAAUAGCGUGUUACACAUGACCAUUGUCUCCAUAACAAAUUUCCAUUAAACAAAAACUGCAGCGAGGUCUGAGUUACCGUGUUAAUCAGACAGAACUCUCCGGUCGCCGCUAUACGUUUAUAUAGGUAUCAUAUUGUUAAUUAUUAUUUCAGAUCAUAUAAGUGCAUACAUAACGACGUAAGUAAAAUACUUAAAAUAAUACAAAUAAUAAGUACCACAAUGGAACGGUGGAGUGGCAAGGUGGCGAUAGUUACUGGCGCCAGUGCUGGUAUUGAUGCAGCGAUUGUGGUACAGUUGGCUAAGAACGGGGUGCACGUUGUGGCGUUAGCCAGGAGAGAAAAAGAACUUAAGGAAUUAGCAGAAUCGUUAAAUGAUAAAGACUACGGGACUAUUUACACAAAAGUAUGCGAUGUUACUAAUGAGCAAGCAGUAAAAGAUGUUUUUUCGUGGGUAGAUUCAACACUAGGGGGGGCCAGUAUUUUAAUUAACAAUGCGGCUGUUACAAAAAUAUCUAGUCUUCUAAACGGAAAACUGGAGGAUUGGCAAGAGAUAUUAAAUCUCAAUGUUCUGGCAUUGAGCGUGUGUUCGAGAGAAGCUUAUAAAUCGAUGACGAAAAAUAAAAUCGACGGUCACAUAAUUCAAAUAAAUAGUAUCUCCGGUCACAGUUUAACUCCAAACUUCGCUCACAAAAUGUACAAUGCUUCAAAAUCCGCAGUCACUGUACUAUGUGAUGGACUUCGACACGAAUUACAAUUAACUGGAUCAAAAAUCAAAGUUUCGAGUGUUAGCCCGGGACCAACAGCUACAGAUAUGUUAGCAAGUAUCCUCAAGUAUUCCAAAGAAGUAACAACUGCGGCUGAUUUCAAAAUACUCGAUGCAGAAGACGUCGCAAAUGCCGUAAUUACUUCUUUGACAACGCCACCAAAUGUUCUUAUAGCUGAUAUGACUAUCAUACCAACUGGAUUUACAAUACAGAUGCAUUUUCAACCGAGUUCUCAAGUUGUGGAAAAUAUAUUAAAUGCAUGAUUGAUUACGUUAAUAUUUGUUUAAUAAUAUAUGUUUCUGUCGAAAACUAGUGGUAAUAUUAUUAUAUUAUAUUACAAUUUUACAAAUAAUCAUUUAAAAAUGUGCCAAAAUA